ACACAAAUUGUUURUUUUUCAAGUCAUUGAAAGCGUUAUUAUUGAUUGAAAUUUGCAGACAUUGCCAUCAAAACUGACGACAAAUGAGACCAAAGAAGAAUAUCGUUGGAUUGACCAACGAUUCGGCCGUUUUAAGCAAGUUGUCGAUGACAUCCAAGAUGUACGUCACUGAUCCAUAUCUCAAGUAUUUCGUGGCCGACAAAGACGUGUCCAGAAGUCGGUCGCCACUAAUAAAUCGCUUUUAUUAUCUGCGAUAUAAAGCCAUUGAAUAUGGAUUAAAGCGAUUACAAGACGUUAAUCAAGUGAUAUCUUUAGGUAGCGGUUUUGACACCACUUGUCUUCGGUGGCCUAAUAUUAAGUUUAUUGAAAUUGAUUUGCCAGAUGUGGCCAUCAAUAAAGCCAAAGCAUUGGUCGACAAUCAUUUAAUUGAUAACAAUCAAAGACUUUUAAAUAUUAAUGAAUUGUCAACUAAUUGUAAACCAUUUAUUAUUUUAAGAACUGAAAAUUACUGUCUGAUUGGAGCUGAUCUCAGAGAUUAUGAAAGUUUGUGUCAAUUGUUUAUUGACGAAGAUUUGUUGAAAGAUGUGACAAAAGAGUCAAAGAUUUGUUUGUUUAAUGAGUGCUCUCUUUGUUAUCUUCUACAAGAAAUCAGUGAUAAAGUGAUCCAAAUGUUUAGACAACUAUAUCAAGACAAAUGUCAUUCCCUAAGAUAUUUAGGUUUUGAACAAUUGAUGUCUUUUAUGGUAAAUCACGGUUUUUCUCAGGUUAUGAUAAACCAUUUUCAGACAAUUGGAUCGCCGCUUAAAACAUUUCUUAAUAAAACACAAAUAAUUAGUCGAUUUAAAAAUAAUUUAAAGUUUGAAAGCAUUGAAGUGAUUGAUAUGAAGACUUUCUUUGAUCUCUAUAUUGAUAUUAAAGAAAAACAAAGAAUUAAUUCUUUGGAAAUGUUUGACGAAUUUGAAGAAUUUGAUUCCGUCUGUAGUUGUUAUGCUCUAACUAUUGCUGAAACACUUUAUAACAAUAAUGACAUCAAUAAUGAUCAAAAUGAAUGCAUUGCUGAACAAAGAGAUCAAAUUAGAAGUAUUUCAAAACCAAUUGAUUGCGAUUGUCUUGUAUUUCGUUUCGGUCACUCUUCUUGUUUAACAAAAGACAAUCAAAUUGUGAUUUUUGGGGGAUUUGGUUGCGAUAGUAAUGGUAAUAAUUCUCACAAAAGAUUAUCAAAUAUUAUUAAAAUUAACACAAAUACUGAUGAAAUUCAUUGUUUUAAACCUUACGAUCGAAAUAACGAAAUUCAAAGAAUUCAUUCAAAUAUUAUUGAAAUAAAAGAUAAUAUAUUUUUUAUAAGCGGUGGAAGACUAUCACCUAAAUCAGUGAUGGACAACAAAAUUGUUAGAUUAUCGCCACAUUUACAAACAUAUCAAUUACAAGAAGUUAAAGAAUUAGAUAUUCCUAAAGUAUUCAGACAUUUGGUAAUUAAAGACAAAGAAUCUGAUAAAAUCAUACAAAUUGGUGGCAAAAGUUAUGAAACAAAUGUUAAAUACAAUAAUUAUUAUUAUGUUUUGGACACAAAUUCUAUGAAAUGGCAAAAAUUAUUUAAAACUAACAUUCAAACCGAUAUAUAUUCCCAUUCAGGUGUUUCAAUUGAUCCAAAUGUUUUCAUAACUAAUGGUGGUCUCAAUUGUCUAACCAAUGAUUUUACAACAAAUGAUUUUAACAUAUUUGAUGAACGAAUGUCUUCAGCCAAUGUGGUUAAUAUCAAUCAUAUGAAUCAAUUGUAUUCCCAUAAAAUAAAACUAUUAGAUAACAACAAACUGUUAAUAAUCGGCGGAAUUAAUAAAAUGGGUGCAAAUAAUAGAUUAGAUUUAAUUGAUUUGAGAUCUCAUGAAAUUGUCAACUCAUUUGAUAUUAUAACAGAAACACCAUUAAUGUUAACAAACUUUUCUUCGGAACUUAUUAUCACCGAAACAUUCAAACAAUUAUGGCUUAUAGGAGGUGGCGGUAAUUGUUUUAGUUUUGGCACACAUUUUAAUAAACUUUCGGUUUUAUCAUUGGAUUCAUUUAUAUAAAUUCAUUAAAUUUUAUUGUUUAGAUUUUAUAAAAAAAAUUAAUAGUGAAAUAAUUGUAUCUAUUUAUGUGUACUUUAUUAAAAAAACUAU